GGUGAAUGAAGCAGACCCCUGCUUUCAUGAAGCUGGGCUUUAAUGGAGAAGAUGUAGCUGAAAGAAGCAUUUGAGCCCUGAAAGUCUGACUGGAGAAGUGAGCUGGGUGCACAUGGGCAAAAAGGACAUAACGGGGAAGCAGAGGAGCAAUGGAGACACUUCCUUACACAGAGCUUGUCAGGCCUGAAAGGCAUGGGACUGAACAAGCCCGUGAAACUGGGGUAAAAGAGUUAGGGGCUGUGGGGCUCCAGAUGGAGCCAGAGAAGUUAAAGUCUGGGUCUUCAAAACUCACAAUACUGAUUGGCUUGAGGAGGGGACUGUAUAGUUAGCUUUUAUUGUUGUAGCACAGAUUUAGAGAGUGUGUCCAGAGUGAAAGCCUAGACACCAUUGAGGAGGGUGUCACAGAAGUCCCAAAGGAAGUUAAAAGGAAGAGAUUUGUAUGGGCUUUGAGAUAUAGUAUAUAGGUAAGACUUUUAGAACUUGUGUGGAGGUGGGGAGUCGGGAACUGGAGGGCUCAAGGACAUCCCCGUGUAUACUUGGCCACACUGCCACGUUAUCAUCUAGAAUGUUACUAGGUGAAGUGGGUAUGCUGAUCCUGUACUGCUUAGAUUGGGCUUGGCUACAUAGUUUGAGCGGAACAUCCAGUAAUGAGCUGUAGAGAUGGCAUGAAUAGAAGAGACCUUAGCAUAGUUUCUUUGUAUCGGCUGUCCCCUGGCACCACCACCAUGGUUGGCUAAGCUAUGUGCAGGCUAAAAGGAAUGAGAGCGUUACCCGAUUCUGCCCUGCUCGUGUUGCCGGGCACCUCUGUGUUUGCUAUCAGGUUAGAGAUGAUAUUUGAGGCCAUGGUUGGUUUGGUGCGGUUUGGUUAGGGCCUGGCUGUGUAGUUCAGCUGUGCAGUCAGCUGCUAAGUGCUAGAAUUGCAGGUGUGUGCCUUUGCACCCAGCCGAAUCUUUCCUCCUGCAAACGUGGUUUCUCACACGGGUGAGAUGACCUCCAUCUUGCGAAGUCCUCAGGCCCUCCAGCUCACACUAGCCCUGAUCAAGCCUGAUGCAGUUGCCCACCCACUGAUUCUGGAGGCUGUUCAUCAGCAGAUUCUGAGCAACAAGUUCCUCAUCGUGCGGAUGAGGGAGCUGCAGUGGAGAAGGGAAGACUGCCGGAGGUUUUACCGAGAGCACGAAGGGCGUUUUUUCUAUCAGCGGCUGGUGGAGUUCAUGGCCAGUGGUCCAAUCCGAGCCUACAUCCUUGCCCACAAAGAUGCCAUCCAGCUUUGGAGAACACUGAUGGGACCCACCAGAGUAUUUCGAGCACGCCACAUGGCCCCAGAUUCAAUUCGUGGGAGUUUGGGCCUCACUGACACCCGAAACACUACCCAUGGCUCAGCAGAGAGAUUGCAGCGUUCUUUCCUGACUUCAGUGAACAGCGCUGGUAUGAAGAGGAGGAACCGCAGCUGCGCCGUGGUCCUGUGCGCUACAGUCCAGAGGAGGGCAUCCACUGUGCAGCUGACACAUGAGGCCCCAAACCAGCCUCAUAAAGCCUAUCAGUCUCUGAGGGGGAAUCAUGGACUGAAGGCACUGUCUCUGCUGGACCCCAUCACCUGCCCAAAGACCUAGCACAUCCCUGCCCAGCUGCUGUAAUCUAGCUCUAUCUACCUCUUCUAUGGAAUAUUCAUGGGUGUUAAGGAAGGGUGGUGACUCCUCUUUUUGUGUGUGUUGGGGGCAGGAGGGCAGUUGAGACAGGUUUC